AUGUCUAUUUUAACGUUAGAAUCUUUACCGAAUGAAAUCUUGGUUAAACUUUUCGAGAAAUAUAUCGAUGGCACAGAUAUUAUCCAUGCAUUUGCUGGUCAACAAAAUCAACGUAUUGACGACAUCGUUGCUAUAUGCCAACGACUGUGCUUCAAUUUCCAGAGUUGUCGAAAAGAUGAUUUUCAAGUUUGGAUUGGCUUAGUACCGAAUUAUGUGACAAAAAUUCAUGAAUUGAUUUUAUCUGAUUACAACUCGUUCGGUCAAGUUUGCGCUUUCCUAACUGCCUUUCCAACAUUCCAACAAUUUACUGAACUUCACAAACUUUACAUUCAUUUCCAUGGAUGUGCAGUCGACUGGUCGGUCAUUCAAACGGCUUUGCUUUCACUUACAAACACACCACUUGAGACUCUUAUUCUGAAGAAAUACGAUCGUGAAAGAAUGCCGUUUAGUUUGCAUGUUCCUGAUGAUGACGAUGGUGUACGUUUGUCAAGACUGAAGCAACUUUACUUCGCUGGGAAUUUUACCUGCAGACAAUGGAAUUUCAUUCAAGUCUUGUCGCCAAAUCUCGAAUAUUUAACGAAUUUAAAUAUCAACGUCGAAUUUUCCUAUUUACAACGAAUCUUUCGACAAUAUCCUCGUCUGAAAUAUCUUAAUGUUCGAUUUGUAUCAAAAUCAUAUGAUGCUGUAGUUUACAAUGGUUACUCUUCGGAAGUCGAAGUUCGACCGUUAUCUACUCUUCAUACGUUUAUUUUGUCGUUUCCACAGGAUCAUGUGACAGUGUUCGAGGAUUUGUCGAGAUAUUUGGACCUGAUGCCAGCUUUAAGCUAUUUAGAUAUUAAGGCACAUCGCGCACUUCUUAAUGCAACACAAUGGAGAAGUUUUCUUCACACAGCAUUAUUUUCACUUACGCAUUUUCACUUGAAGACACUAUACCGUCAUAUACAUAAUGAACUUGAUAGACUUUUAGACGCAUUUGAAACUCCCUUCUGGAUAGAUAUGACGAAUUUUUACUUCAUUAUAACUGAACACCAACAUUUCGAUUCGGAUUCAUUUCGAAGGGGCAAGUCGUCUGAUGGAGAUGAAGACGAAUUCGAUUAUCCAGUCACUCGAUGGUGGAUAGUUCCUUUUCGUGGUCUUCAUGAUGAUAUUCCUGUCAACGAUAUCACCAGUUUUGGUAUCCCACACAGAAUGCAUUCUUUAUCACCGUAUUAUCAAUUUACUAAAGUUCAAAGUCUCACAAUUUGUCGACUUGAUGAGAGUGUACUCGCAUGGCUUCAAACGCAUUUGAAUCUUUCCGGAAUAAAACAUCUUGAUCUAUCAAACAUACCAGAUACAAGUGAUACAUUGAAUUCGCUUGUAUCCAAUAUUCAAGAUAUAGUUUCAUUACGAGUCAGUCGUGAUCAGCUACGCGGUAAUUGGCACCUUAUUAUAGAUCAAAUGAAGUCGCUCAAAGCUUUGUAUAUUUCAUCCAGAUAUGAAUCCGAUGUUUGUGAUAGAGAUGUUCAAUUAAUUGCUCAAUUAUUUCCCACCAUAGAGCAUUUAGCAAUUAGAACAAUAGCAUCGGGAAAUGUGUCAAUCGCACGAAUUCGAAUACCAUCUAUUCGUUUUAUUUCAAUUGAAUCAGCUGAUUCAGAAGGGUUACCCGACUGGACGAAUAUAUCCAACUUAUUCUAUCGUGAUCUAAUAACCUAUGAUCGGUUCACAUCACGACGAAGCCUCAAAACUAUAACAACUUGGAUUGACUCCACAAUGCAAUCAGAUCAGUCGUCAGCAAGAAACAGAUUGCAAAACUAG